CAUUACUCUUUCUGAAAUCCAAGGUUUAUUUGCCGCACAAACGGGAAAUGAAGUUGCAACCGUAGUACCGUGAGAGACGGCGGCAUCCUCUCACCGGAUCCCCAAGGUUUAUAGCACGAAGGCCCCCGCGGGGAUUCCAUACAGCUGCCACAUUAAGAACCCACCACGCAAAUGUUUGGCGACGGUCGGACUACUGGGCGCGGCGGCAGGGGCGGCGAUCCGACGACUGGGCGCGGCGGCAGGGGCGGCGAUCCGACGACUGGGCGCGGCGGCAGAGGCCGCAGGCCAACUCCUCCUAUGUUCGUCCGAAGCCGCGCUGUCGGCCGCACGGCGCGGGAGGCCGCGGGCCGCGACAGGCUAAGCGCGCUCUCCGACGACCUCCUGCACCGCAUCCUGGGGCCCCUGGACGCGCGGCUGGCCGCGGGCCAGUGCAGCCUCCUGUCGCGCCGGUGGCGGCACGUGUGGGCGACCAUGCCCCACGUCACCCUGGUCGGCCACGCCUCCGAGAGGUUCGGGGACAACCUGCUCCUCCUCCGCGACGGUGACAACAAGCUGCGUGCGCUCACCCUGCACAGCGCCAGCACGGACCACUUCGCGCACCAGUGCAGGUGGCUGCGCCAUGUCGCGAGCCACGGCAUCCGCGUGCUCGACAUUGCCCUUGGCACCGCCGAUGAUGUCGAGCUGCCCGACUGCGUGUUCAACUGCACGACGCUUGAGGAGAUUACCGUGUCGGCGUCAGCGGUUCGGCAGGUCGUCGCACCCAAGACUAUCUGCCUCCCAUGCUUGAAGAAACUGCACCUUCGCUUCAUGCAGUUGUCUGACCCAUCCGUGGCAGAUAAACUCACCUCCGGGUGCCCGGCACUCGAAGAGCUGGAUUUAUCCCGGUGCUCGCUCGGUGUAUUCAGGGUAUCUUCAGACACCGUGAAGACAUUGUCGGUCACCGCCUGCGAUUACUUGGAGAUCCAUGUAUCUGCUCCCAGCAUUGCUUCCCUCAAGCUAUCUGUUGCAGGAAGAGUUAAGCUGGACGCCAUGCCUUCGCAACAUCUUGAGCUACUUAGGUUUGGUUCGCUUCUCAAGGACAUGAUGGAUAAACCAGCUACUGAAGGCCCAACCUUCAGCAAAAUGAAGAGCUUGUAUCUUGGAGAAUGGUUGGUCGUUGAUUUCUACCGUCCACUUGCUUAUUUCUUUAACCACGCUCCUAACUUGGCCAUGCUUAGUUUGGACCAAUGGAAGUUGUAUGAAGAAAACAAUGGGGAGAUAUCUGGUCCAGCGUACUUUCGGUGGAAAUCUACUGAGAAACUGAAUCUGCCAUCUGUUCUAUCAUCAGACCUUGAGAUUCUCCGUCUCAGAAUCUCGAAAGACGACGACGCUGGAGAAUUCAGCACGCUCCGAAGGAUGCUCAAGGAGAAGACAAAGCCUAAAGAGAUGGAGGUCGUGUGGUUUUAGUCUUUCUGUGGUUGUUUCUUCCGGAGUCUGGUGAUGCUACUCUUAAUUUUCCAUAUCAGAGUUUGCAAAUCUAUUUGUUCUCUCGUAGGCUAUUUAGGCUGGUGUUUGUGGACUCUUUGACAAUGUUGCUUCAAAUUAUCGAUGAGAUCAAUGGGUAACAUUUCGUUGAGUUA